AUGGCCUUUGGCUCUGUUUUUGUUUUCUUCCUUCUCACAAACCUCUUGCUGCUUCACUCAGCUGAAGAAGAAAAGAGCACACGCCCAAAUUGUCCGUCCUUUCCAUGUGGAAAAUUCGGUACCAUUGGCUUUCCAUUCAACAAUGUCUCAUACCCAUCGUGCGGUUUACUGCCGGUAAAUUGUGAUGAAACACCUCCAAAGAUCCAACUGCCACUGGGCUUGAGUGGAAAACCAUAUGAAGUUAUAAACAUCUCUUACACAAACUUCACACAAUCCAUACGUAUCAAGGACUUUUCACUUUUGGAAUUCUUGAAUACCAGUGAAUGCCAAUACUUAAUCAAUUUUACUCUUCCCUACUCUCCAUUUAUCUCUUUUAAACUCACCACACCCAAUCUGACCCUAUUUAAAUGCAAUCGCAUUCCUAAUAUUACUUCCACUUUUGAUCUUAAAUAUAUGAGCUGCGGAGAAUAUGAUCUCUACUAUAAUAAUUCGAAACCUGCUUUUGCUUCUCUAUGUCCAAUCAUUCAGCUCCCGGAAAAAUGGCACGCAAUUAAGUAUGGUUUCAAAUUGGCUGCUGAGUACGACCUUAAAAUACAUGUAUCUGAUGCUUGUAGCAGUUGUUAUAGUAGAGGAGGUCUAUGUGAGCUUGGCAAGGAGGGAAAUUUUAAUUGUUCCAUUACGCCCAUUACAGAGAAAGGUAUAGACAUCAGAAUAACGCAAAUUUUUUUGGUCUUACAGUUACACAUAUAUUGAAAAUGCUUAUAUAGUUCUUUGCAUAUAAAUUUCUUUACAUUCUUAUGUUAUAGUAAAUCCUAAUACAAGUGCUAUAUCAUAUUAGUUUCAAAAUUAGGUUAUGAUAAAUAGAAACAACACCGUUAAGCUUGCCAUUCUCAAAUACCUCAUGCCAGAAAGAAGUUUAUGCAUUUUGCAUAGUUAUAGAAAGAAAACUUUCAAUAUAUCUCCAAAGAUACAACUAGAGAGGAGAGGAAACCGAUACAAU